CACUGUGAGAAACAAGUUGAUGGCGUCCUCAUUUUGUCUGGGUACAGUCGCAGAUUUCGUAUUGUGGCAACUGGCAUUUGAUUAGAAGCAGUGGACUUGGACUAGUAAGUAGCCGUGUUAUGUGUGGAAGUUUUGGCGUUUCUCAUCGUUAAAUUUUUCGGGGUGUUCUUGUAAUAAUACGAUUUUCAUAUUUUUUGAUUUGCGAAGGUUGUGCGAAUAAUUGGCAUAUUUUCUUGGAUGCACAUGUGUGAUUUUUGUGAACAGAAACGACACAACUGACUUCGACAUGCACAACUUCGAAGAAUAUCCGUUCAUUUUCAUGAAUACUCCGGCAUCUCUGCAGAUUCUGGCGUCAACCGAAGUGGCGUUGACUCUAUGGCGAGAUAAGUUUGCAAAUUCGCAUCAUCUAUACGAAAACUUGGAUUCAUUUUUGAAGCCAAAAUUCAGCUGCGUAGAAAUCCUCGUUUCACAGGUCCCGUCUCGCAUCACAGCUCAAAUAGACGAAAAAAUCGACACUAUUCGCGAAGAAUUAAAAAACUGGAUAGAUUUUCAUUCGGUUCGGCGUUUGUUCGACGGUGAUUUUCGCAAAGCAUUUUCCAAGUGUAUAAAGCACAUUGUCGCCGAUUUUUCAAGCUCCAUUGGUUUUAAAGCGACGGCCAUAAAUAUUUUAAAUGCCAGAGAAUUCAGCGAUGUGGAGAAUUAUAAAAUAGCUUGUACGUUUUGCUUAGAACAUCACGUUAGCCAGUUCUGGCCUUUGGUUGAGAAUGAUGAGCGAAUCGAGGUAAAUUAUUAUGGUUGCGACGCAUGGAAUCUGUCUUACUGGAAUGAAUGUAUGAAAUUGGGAAAAGAUUUGACCAACGAUGCCGAGUUGGUUAAAAGGCAAAUGAAGGUGGCCCUGAGAUUGGGAAUUAAAAAUACAUGGUUCGAUGGUCUUUUUGAAAGGAUACCCCACCAUGAAAGAGUACCGCAAACUAUUUCGUUUCUAUGGUAUCCUAAAGGCUUAACUGCGAUACGUUCACUACCAUUGAACCGAGUCCAAGUUGAAGAAUUAUUCAAAGAGGAUGCGUCUGCAAUUUUUGAAGUUUUGUUGAGAAAUGGUAAUUAUUUCCGCUACGCGUAUCAGAUGUGGAUUCUUAUGAAACACGUUCUCUUGGAAAAUACAUCGAGAUUUGUCUCAGUCAUAACCGAUUUGUUGAUAAUGAUAUUCCAUCCUGAUCACAAAGGUGGUCUGAAUCAUACUCGAUGCGAUCAAAUCAACAGUUUGCUGUUGGAAAUCUGGUCGGAUACUCCGAACGAAUUAAAAGUUCACGUUUCGGAAGUCUUUUUGCGCCCCAAGUUUAUCUACUUCUGGAGGACGAAACCAGACGAUUUUUCUAGUCAAUACGAUCGUGAUAUGACAUUUUUUGUAGAAUUUCUAACGUUUAACAAAUCCCAUAAUGAUUACAAUCAAAGGCUAUGGCGAGAUAAUUGGCAUGGAUUUGCAUUACGUACGAAGCCUUCGUGUUUUGAACAAUUGAUGAGAUUGUGUCUAACAAAUAACGACGACAUCGAGAUUUUCAAAAACCGUUUUCGAGAGUUCAACGAUCUUUUCAGGUCGUUGAUGCAGGAAGGAUUUUAUUCGGACUUGAGAGAUUAUUUGAUGUUUUGUUCGAAGAACGUAGAACAGUUUCAACAGCUGGGUGGAAAAGUGCUCGGUUCGAAUUUAGAUGUUGUUUUACUCCACGAUGACGAUAAAUUCGCUAAAUUCGACUGGUUCGUCGACCAACUAUUUUCGAACGUGAAAAAGGAUGCGGAUGACUUCAAAGUGCAGCUGGUCUCGUCAUUUAAAUGUCUAGACAAUCUAAUUAAAGCAGAUCCUGAUUAUGCAACUCAUUCAGAUUAUUUCGACAAAACAGUGAACCGAUUUAUUGAUGCCAAUGAAGAAAAGUUGAAUCUAGUGAAACUUAAAUUAUCAGGGCUUUGUCGUGGUUAUCCCAUUGACAGCAAAUGCAAGGCGUACCAUUGGCUAGAACUUGUCAAAUGGUGUAUUACCAAUGGUACAGAAAUUGCAGCCUCGAGGGAGUCGUUGAAUAUUGACGUGAUUUUCCGUAUAGGCGUGAGUUGUCACCUGUAUCAAGUAGGUUACGACCACUUGAAAUUUCUCGACCAAUUGUUGAACUGGUAUUUUGCAAACGACGAAGGCAGGAGAAAUUUCAAAUUGCAUAAAAUAAAAAAUUAUCAUCAAUUUCCUCUUUUGAGGGAUAAUAUUAGGAGUAAUUACAAUUUGUUGAAAUGGUUUUUCGAUGGUGAGAAUGAAAAUAUGCGUACAUUUUGUAGAACUAUUCGUUAUUGGUCAUUGCCCGUCUGAAAAGUGUUGAAUUUGAGAGUUUUGCCAGAUUUCCAAGCGGAUAUUGUGCCAUGAAGUAGGCGGUGGAUGAUUUUAUAACAACGAUUCAGAAGGUAUUAUUGUUUCGAAAAUGGAAGGUGACAAUGGGCAAGUUUUUUUUGAUCGCCUUUUUGUCAUUUAAAAUAUAGGCGCCAUAUUGAUCAAGAUUUUCGAACAUCUCAGACAUCUCAAUUGGCUUACUAUUAAAGUACCUAACUUGGUUACUAUUUUCACCAAAAGGUGUUACAUUUGUUAUCUACUACAUUUAAAUAGAUGGUUAAGUACUUUUUUUCGAUUUUUCACUGUAAAUUAGGAAAAAAAGCAAAAAAUGUCAAAUAAUCACUUUUUUUUUAAAACUGAAAAGUAAUUUUUUGUUUUGUCAAAAAUCCAAUACUUUUAAUGCCGAACUCAAGUUGUUAUUUCUUUUUAUCGAUAAUUUUACUCCAAUUAAAACAUUCGU